GAAACAACUCUUCGAAUCUGACUAACGCUUUUUAGGUCUCUAGACAAAGGAUCAGGAGAGUAGGCGGUCCUACCCAAAAUGAUUCCUACCGCUGUAAUCCGGUCCUCCGCCCUCCCGCUCAUCCACUCUUACUCCGCCACGAACAACGGCGGCAGCACCCCCGCUAAUCUGGCUAUAGACUGUCGGAAUCUGAGCUUCUCAAUCACCACUCGGCAUGGAAAAGUUCUUCCCAUCCUUAACGAUUGCUCGCUCAGCAUCCCCUCUGGACAGUUCUGGAUGCUUCUUGGCCCCAAUGGCUGCGGGAAAUCCACCCUUCUCAAAAUUUUGGCUGGUUUACUGAAUCCAAAUGGCGGAUUUUUGCAUGUCGAAAAGCCUAGAAGUUUCGUAUUUCAGAACCCUGAUCAUCAGGUAGUGAUGCCCACGGUGGAAGCAGAUGUAGCAUUUGGCCUUGGCAGGUGCAAUAUAAACCGUGAUGAGGUUACAUCUAGAGUGGCUAAAGCUUUGGAUGCUGUAGGCAUGUAUGAAUAUGUGCAAAGACCAGUUCAAACUCUUAGUGGUGGUCAGAAACAGAGAGUUGCUAUUGCUGGUGCUCUGGCAGAAGCUUGCAAAGUAUUGUUACUGGAUGAACUCACAACGUUUUUGGAUGAAAAUGAUCAGCUUGGGGUUAUUGAAGCAGUGAAGAGCUCAUUGGCUACGUCCCAAGAAACUACAGCAUUAUGGGUGACCCAUCGUUUGGAAGAACUCGAGUAUGCAGAUGGUGCUGUCUACAUGGAGGAUGGCCGAGUUGUAUUGCAUGGUGAUGCUUCAAGCGUGUUGGAUUUUGUGGAAGCCAGGCAAGCCUCUUAUAAUAACCAAAACAAUUCUUGAUUGCUCUUACAAUUUACAUUUUUCCAAACAUAUAUCUUGAAUUAUCUCAUGUAUAUUCAUCGGUAUUUGAAUUUCGUUUUAUUUUUUUCUUCA